AAGAAUUGUUGUUACGAACUUAAUAUUUAUAACUAGAUUUAGAAAAUCUUAUCAUGAUUUCUUGGGUUUGAAAGACGUUUAUAACCGGCAUGUUUCGGACGACCACACGAGAGCGUGUGGAUAUGUGUAAAUCAUGUAAAAACAAACUAUUUGGUAUUUGUUGUACAUUUUUUUUGCGUAUUUAUAUAUUUUAUAUACGUUCGGUAAACUGUGGGGAAUGUAUUAUUUGCAGUUAAACGUUUCAUACUCUCUUCGUGUUUUUAACUGUUCUAAUAAAAUAGAGUAAGUCAGUGUUCGUUUCGGCUUAACGUUACCGCAGGAACAGAUGCUAUUUAGCAUGAUCAUGUAACUGUCAUGUAUCGGUAAUAUUCGUGAAAUCUUUUGUAAAAAAAAAAAAGAAACCGCAGAAUGUCUCGCAUUUGUAAGAAGAAACCGGCCGUGUGCACAGACGAGCCGCUUUCCAACAGUACCAUCUGUCAAAAGAUUGCUCUGUUGAUAGACAUACUCAGUACAAGCUACGGACCUACUGGCAGGUUAAAACAAAUCCACAACAAUGUUGGGGGCCAUGUGUUGACCACUUCAACUUCCACAGUGUUGCUCAAACGACUAGAAUUAUCAGAGCCAAUUCUCAAAUUAAUCUCAACUUCUAUUCAACAUCACACAACACGGUACAGUGACUGUGGUUUGUUUAUGGGGAUUUUUACUCUCAGACUCGUUGAAAGUACUCAGAAACUUGGUCUCAGGAAUGUUGCAGCAUUAUCCAAGGUGUACAUGCACCUUUUGGAAGAAUGCAACCUGUAUCUCAAAGGCGACAGCUGCAUUUGUAAGGUCAGAGUGGACUUUACCAGCUGUGAUUCACUGGUUGCACUGGCCACCAGUAUGCUCACCAGCAAACCUGCCUGCAUGUUGAAUAGCAGAGAGAAGCAACAUAUCGGUUCACUGAUCACACAGGCUUUCCUGUAUUCUAUCCCAUGCAACUCUACCGGUGUGACCUGUUUUGGCCGUACAGUCACCAUUGCUAUUGAAAGCCAAUCGGUGAGCGAUGCUGCAGUUUUUCCGGGACUGUUGGUGGAUGUUCCUGAGAUGCUUCAGCCUGCAGACCUGAAGAGACUGGGAUCUGGUCCUUUUAAAGUGGUGCUUUUUAGCACAUCUUUGGCAGGUGAUAUUUCAGAAGUUGGUGAUUUGGCAUUGGAGGUCUAUGGGGGUGUGGACCCAGACUUCGAGGUCCUUCAGCAGCUCCUGAGGCUUGGGAGACACGUUGUGAAGAAUAAAGCAAGCUUAUUUGCAUGUCAGAAAGUAAUACAUCCAGUUCUGCAGCAAUAUUUCAGGGAGCAUGGAGUGAUUGUUAUAGAGAGACUUGGACUUGGUCUGAUGGAGCCAUUUGAACAGAUAACAGGUGCUCAGGCUGUUGCCUCUCUGUGCUCUCCAGUCCCUCCUGAAGCUUACGGGCUGAUUAAAGGCUUCAGUUUCCAAUCAUGUGGAUCCAGGGAGCUGCUCCAGCUCCUUCCUUGUAAAGAUUUUCCAUUUAGCACCAUGGUUCUCUGCCAUAGAAAUGAAACUAUGCUGGAAGAACUCAAGAUGACGUGCCAAAGAGCAGAACAUGUUUUGCGACUGACUCUGAGGGAGCCCUACGCCCUGCUCGGAGGAGGCUGUACAGAGACACUUCUGGCCACCCACAUUACACACAUGACUCAGUCCAUGGUCGCCAAAACAGCUACAAGUCUUGGUGUCUCUCACUCUGAGUUUCUUAUGGCGGCGGAGGUAUUCUGCAGUUCUCUGCGAGCUGUGACUCUUUCUUUAGAACACGAUGGACAGGACUGUCUCAUUGACUUGACAUAUGCUCACCGCUGGGUCCCAGAUAUGGACUUACACAACAGUGUUAAACGGGCAUGUGGCUGUGGCCUGGUGGAAGACAGAUCCAACCUGGAGAAGACCCCUUUAAAUACAGCAUACCACACAUUCUGUCCUGUUUCCCUGGAAAAUACUGACAACCAGCCGAAAAUAUUAGAUUCCUUCUCUGCCAAGCUCAGUGCUUUGAAUGUCGCUGUCGAGAUCGCUAAUCUUGUUCUAGAUGUAAAAUACAUAAUAAGGGAUGUAAAUUAAAUUUGGAUGAGAAUGUAAUUGAGCGUAAUUUAUUUUUAUACAAAUAUAAUUGUAUAUGUUUAUAUAAUAAAGCCCUAUAGAAAGAAAUGAGCUUGUAAUACACAGGUUGAAAGCCACCAAAACAAUAACAAGGAACAAAAUCGAAAUUCAUACUUUUAUUUUCAUAAGUAUGCAAGUAAAGUCAAAAGGGAAAUUGUUUUUUUAUAUAAAGUUGGCUUGUAAUGUUUAUGGUUAAUUCAUUCUCUUAAUUUACCAGUCUUUGGCAGAUGUGACUCGAAGUUAAUUGAGACCAAGUCAUUUCUCCAGUGCCCUUCAGCACCACAACAAGUGCACUGUAAAAAUAAAUGUUGUGAUUGUUUGAUAAUAUGACUUCAUCAAACUGCAUAGCGAAUUUCCUGAGAGGGAAAUGUGGCCAAGUGUUAUGUUGAUGUACUGUAAUUCUUAGGCAUCAACACUGGAGUGUUCUUUGAUUUCUGAGCCUAUACCAAAUAAUGAAGUAUCAGUGUUGUGAAGUUUAAUCCCUUAGCUUUAAUGAGGGUACUUCUCUGAUGGGACAUUUCUGUGGGAAAUAUAAAAGGACUAAAAGUUUUAUAUUAACAGAAACUAUUUGGAUUUAGAAAUG